GCUUCACCACCACACCUCCAGCUUCGAUGGCCGACCUCGUGGACGACGAUUUGGACGAGCUCGAAGCCAAGUUGGACGAAGCGUUAAGGCAGAACGAGCAAGUGGCGCACGAAAACGAGUUGUUGGAGUCGUUCUUGAAGCGAAAUGCCCAGCCCAACGUGGUGGUCGACGAAGAGGAGAAGAAAUGGGACAAAGGAGGGGCCGCCAAUGCCAACGCUAAGAAGCGCGCCAACAACUUGGCCGCCACCGUCAACAACAACCGGGGGGGGAUGGGCCGACCUCCAGCGACCAUCACGAUCGAGCAAAAGAACGACAUUUGCAGCGCCGAGCUCGAAGACGCCCAGAAGGAGGUCGAAGAAACGAAGCGGACGUCGGAACGACUGAUUGACACCCUGCGUGCGGUGUUGGAGGAGACGGACAUCCGCAUCGCCGAGCUCAAGAUGGACGCGUACGAGUUCAAGCGCGAUAUUGUCGUGGGCGCCGAGAACUUUCGCACGGGUAAGACCAUUGCGGAAAAGAUGGUGCGGUACAUGGAGGAGAAGCUGCGGGCCAAGGACGCGAUCGUGGAGAAGCUGCGGUUGAAGAACGCGACGUUGAAAAGCCAGGCCCAAAAGAUCGACGCACAGCUCCGCCAAAAGGAAGAGAUGGGCGACGCCCUGCAUUACAUUGACUUUCACCAGCUACAGAUUGAAAACAAACAGUACGUGGCCAAGAUCGAAGAGCGCAAUGACGAGCUGCUCAAGCUCAAGCAAACCACGGGCAACACAGUGCAGCUGCUAAAUACGCUCAAGCAAAAGCUCAGCGACCUCAUCGACGAAUCGGCGUGGCUACGGGCCGAGAUCAAGACGCGCCACGAGCUUAACGAACGAGUGCACGCCGAGCUCUCGGGGGUGGCGGAUGACAUUGCAAAAGACGCCAAGGGGCUGCACAGCCUCGGAGCGCACAAGGCGGCGGUCGACGACUUGACGGACAUGCCCCAGAUUUUGGAUUUCGUUGCGCAGAAAGCCGAAAUGUACGACUUGGCCCAGGAAGUGGCGAAUUACGAGCGCAAGGUCGAGAUCGCAGAGAUGGCGGCCAAGAAGAAGGCGCGCGACCAGCGCCUCCAGCAGUUGCAAACGCAGCUGCACAUGACCCUUGGUUAAGCGCCCCACAAGUCACUGCCUUCAUCUGCGUCCAUGUUCCACGCAAACAAGUUGGCACCGUCUACAUUAUCACAUUGUGUUCUGUGAAACCUCCACAAACUCUGGUUUAGGAUGUACUAGUUACUAGUACAUAAUUCAAGACACCACCAACAUCGAUGUGUACUCGACCAUAGCAUCACUGUCAUAUAAUAUCGAUUGGAUGUUGGAAUGGCUGCUUAC